AUGACAACUGAAUUCACCCCCUUAAUAAUUGAUAGUUCAUUUUUCUCGGAUUCUAAAAAGAUUAUCAAGGAGAGAAUUAUUCCAUGGGAAGGAUUAGCAAGAUCAGGAGUUGUUUCAGAAGAUGAUGCGAAUAAUAUCAAAGUAUUAAUCAAACAAUCCACUGCCAAUAGAAAUAAGACUGUAUUGGGUAAAACAGGAUUCUAUACCAGAUCGUUAUUGAACUUAUUGAAUAGAUUGAAUGUAAAUGAUAAAGAUGAUGUUGUGAAGAAUGUUUUGGCGUUGAUUAAUGAUUUAUUGUUAGACUUACCAGGUCAAGAAUUUUUAGGUGCAUUAUUGGCGUUGUCUUCUGUGGAUCAUGCUUUACCAUAUGAUCCAUUUCUUAAACAUUUAAAUAAUAACGAUCCAUUUAUUAAAUCUUUAUGUUUAUAUAACCUUUCCAUUUUGUUAACUAAGGCUUCCAAAGAUUCGUCAAAUUCUUCAAAGAUUGAUAACGAAGUUUUAAUUAAAAUAUUUGAUGUUUUAUCUUCAAAUAGUAUGAUUGGAGGAAAUGAUGUUAAUUAUCAAUUUAUUGGGAUUCAAUUAUUACAAGAUUUAUUAAUUGUUAGACAAUUUAAGAUUAUUUAUCAAAAUAAUAAUCUUGUAUCCAAUUUCAAACCAAUUAAUCAAUUAAUUUCCAAACUGGCUUCUCAUCCAAAUGCUACAGGAUUACAACUUUCAUAUAAUAUCUUAUUAGCUACUUGGAUUUUAUCAUUCAGUGCCCCAAUAAAUAAAGUUUUACUUUCAAAUUUCCCUCAAUUGGCAGGAAGUCUUUUUAUUAUUGCUAAAGAUUCUAUCAAGUUGAAAAUUGUUAGACUUUCAGUUGCAAUUAUAAAGAAUUUUGUUGCUGUUUGUUCUUCAUCACAUGAAGAAUUCAAAGUCAUUAAAUUAUUAUUAUUCCAUGAUGCAUUAAAUACGAUUAAUAUAUUGAAAGAAAGAAAAUUUGCAUCUAGUGGGAGUGACGAAGAAUUAGCAAAUGAUUUAGAAUUUUUACAAGAUAGUUUGAAUGAAGUUGUUAGUCAAAAGUUAACUUCAUUUGAUGAAUAUAUGACAGGAUUAGAAAAUCCAAAACUUAUUAGUUGGGCAUCACCUACUCAUAAAUCAAUUGAUUUCUGGUUAGAAAAUUCUGGUAAAUUUAAGGAUUCAAAUUAUAAAUUAAUUAAAAGAAUCUUUGAAAUUUUAAUUGCAAAUACAAAUGAUAAUCCAAUUAUAAGUGUAAUUUUAUUAAAUGAUUUACAAUUCUUAAUUAAGAACCUUGGACAAGAUUUAAUUAAUUUUAUAAAUACAGAAAAGAAUGGUCAAUAUAAAUUAUUAAUAAUGUCAUAUUUGGAUAAUAAUUUAGGUAAUAAUGAAUUGAAAUAUGAGGCAUUAAAGACAAUUCAAUUAUUAGUUGGACAUACAACAGUAAGAAAUAAUAUGUCAGAGUUUCAUAAUGAUAUGAUUUACAAAGAACUGAGACGUCUGACGUUUCUUAAUCCAAUCAAAAUUGGGAGAAGGGCAACAAUACGAUGGGAACAGAAUCAUCAAGUAGAUACAAUUGAACCCUUAGUUGAUGCAGGUUUCUAUUAUUCACCAAUAACUAAGAAUAAAUCACAAAUAGUGUGUGCAUAUUGCAAUACAUCCGAAUCCAUUCUUGAUGACUCACAAUUAUCACAAAUAUCAGUUUCACAUCUUCAAAACAUUCCAACAUGCCCAUUCUCACAAAUCAUAGUUGCAUUUACAAAAUCUCAAAAUUAUAAAUCACGAUCUUCAAUAAAAAAGUUUUGGAAACAGCAGUCAUCUAAAGCAUUGAGUGAUCCAUUAAGCGAAGAAGCAGUCGAAUUGAGGAGCAAGUUUUUUAAGAAUGUAUAUCCUUUGGAUAUGGGAAAUUAUAGACCAAAUAGUAGAAGUCUAUCUGAAGCUGCAUUCAUGUAUUUCCCAGAGUCCUUAGGAGAUGACAAAACGAUGUGUAUAUAUUGUGGACAUAGUUUAGAACUUUGGGAAGAAGAUGAUGAACCUAUAGAGGAGCAUAAAAAGAUGGCAAGUUCGUAUUGCUAUUUCUUGGAUUGUUAUGAGAAGGCAAAGAAUGGUAAACCUCAACAAAAAAUACGAAAACAGUCAAUUUAUGAAGAUACAGUACGGCAACAUAUAGUUGAACUAGGUCUGCAAGAAGAAUCACCGGAAAUACCGAAAACUUCUACCAACGAAGAACUGAAAUCCCCAUUGCAUACAUCUACCAGAUCUCCAGCAGAGCUCAGACGUAUGUCUGGUGAGCAGGACAAAAAUGUUGAUUAUUGUGAUAAACCACCAGAUGAGGAUUUGUGGCAAGAACUUAUUGAGGCUUCAAAAAAGGCUCCUGUGAGUAGAACAUAUAGAAAGAUCAGAAAGGUAAGGUCGGGAAAUAUCAACAAAGACAAAAGCGUCGAUGUUCUUGUGCCCAUAAAAGAACAAAAUCCAAUAGUACAGAGAAGAUCCACUAGAAACAGGAAGCAGAAGGAUAUUAAUCAAGAAGAAGGGGGAGACGUUGAACACAUGUCAGUUGAAACGAAGGAAAAAGAAACCCUUCCCGAGAUAUAUAGUUCACAUAUUCCAAGUAUAAAGAGUGAUAAGGAACGGCAAGACAAGGAUAUUGAAGAGACAAGGCAAAGCUAUGCAGAAAUAGAGGAAAACAUCGAAAGGGAUGGGGAAUCUGAAUUUUCAAUUAACCAAUCGGAUGAUGAUUACGAUGAUAGUGCACAUAAUAAACCUGAAUCUACCAAGAGAUCACCAAAGAAGUCAAAUAUUCUUAGAAAGGAGCCUACUCCAGAACCUACUCAAUCUCCUGAACCCCUUGAAAGACCAGCUACUAGGAAACCAAGAAGUAUUAAAUUACAGAAUGCACAUCACAUUUCUAAAACUCCGGUAUUUGAAACCAGUGAUGGCAAUUUAGGUUACGAAGAUGAUAAUAUUGCAAAUCUAGAAAAGAAUAUAACCCCAAUACCCAUUGAACUUCCGCCUGAGACCGAGAAGACAAGAAGGAUUUCCGAAAUUAAGUUAUCUUCCGUGAAAUUUGCUGUGGUGAGAGAAGAAUCCAACCCUUCGAAACGAAAGAAACAGAAUACUAAGAAUGAAAUGACGCAGCCCAUAAAGAGAUCCAAACCUAAUAUAUUUGAUAAUUCUUUUGAAGCCCCUGAAAGUUUUCUUCCGCAUCAAGCUACUUUGUUAAUUCUGUCACCUGUCCAUGAUCACUUGGAUGCUAAAGAAACAAUCGCAUUGGAAACAAAGUUAAGCAAAUACCCAAAUAAUGAUUUGAUUACUACUCCGCCAGUGAAAGCUAUUGAAGAAGUUAUCCCAGUAUUAGGUGCCAUUGCAACUGAAGUAGUUCUAAAUCUGCCGCAACCCGUUGAAUCCAUGGACAAACUUAACAUAGAUGAAAAAGCGGAUAUUCUAAUCGAUAGACAUCAAGAGCUGAGUUUUUCUGGCAAAGAGCCCCCCAAUGAUGCUUCUGUUGAUCCACUCAACAAUUUGAAUAAUGAACUAAAUAACGAUUUGAACGAUGAUAUUGAUGUCGAAGCAAAUAUGAAUAUUGAUGACCAUGAAAAUUUAAACGAAGAUGACGUACUUUUAGAUGCAAAUGACAAUGACAGCUUAAUAGAGGAUGACAGUGUAAUUUUGGAUGGUGAUACUUCCCCCAUCGAUGAUGCUGAUGUUCGGCUUGUGUCUGUCGUUUCAGAUUCUGAAUAUGAAGUUAGUCGUGCCAGCAUUUCACAGAAACCCCCUUCCAGACUAGAACUGAAACGCGAUGUACAAAUAAGACAAUCUGUUGCUAUCAUUCAAAAUGAUGAAGUGCAGAUAAUAAAACCGAAACCUGGUGUACAGGAGCGACAACCUGUUGCUAUUAGUAAAAAUGAGGAAGAGAAGAGGGCAGCUAGCGACCGUGUCGAAGUUGACAUAGACACAAACAUUGACCACAGAAACAAUGAUGUCCCAAAACCUGACUCACCGAAAGUUGUGAAUUCUUAUACAAACCCUGGAGACUACAAUUUCAAUUCCAAUCUUCGAACAACUGAAAGCAGGAUAAGGGAAAAUAUUUCACAACCGGAGGCUGUCAAACAACAUAAGGAUACUGCCCCUGUCAAGAAUUUAAUAAAUUCAAUGAAGGUUACAGGCAUAUCAGGACAAGCGUCGAUCACGAAAAAUGAACCCAGUACGGCAACCAGCACAGAUUUAGGCUAUAACAGGAUCACAGGAGUGUUGAUCGAAACAGCAAUGAACAAGCAGCAGCCAAUAUUCCCAGAAAUCGAAGUAGAAUUCACGGAAGUGAACAAUAAGAAUGAAAUUGAGAUACAAAAGCAGCCACAAUUGGAUAUACGAGACGUUCCGGUUGAAUAUAUGAAACCCAAAUAUAAUUCUAAGCCAGAUGAUAUAUUUAAUUUCAUUGCAGAUACAGAAAUCAAUCAAGAAGAGAAGCUAGAAACGGACGAAAGAAAGGAUGUACAAGAAUACAAUUCACCAAGCCAUGUUGUUAUACACAAAAGGGCGGAUGAAUAUAAUGAAAUCAUCUUUGAUAGGGUUGGUCAAGUUGAACUUGGAACAGGCUUUAAUCAGCAAGAGCAGAUUAAAGAGAAACAAACGGUAAACGAACAAGAAGCGGUGCUCCAGACGAAUGCAAUGACUAUAAGUAAUACCGACAUGAAACCCGAUGAAGCGAUUCCUCCACCCAAACUGAAGGAAGAAUAUCCAGGCAUCGUACAACCAGAGGAACCAUUAGAGAUUAGAAAAGAAAUUACUGAACCAAAUCAAGGUGACCAAAAACCCAAUCUUGGAGACAUUGUAAGCGACGACGAGGAUGUACAAGUUUUUUUCGACGACUAUGCUAGUGAAAUGAGAAUACAUCAAAGUAUCAUAGGCCAUGAAUCACACGAGAAUACAUAUUCCAACUACGUUCGCAAGCUUGGCACUAGUCAAAUUAUUGAGUCAAAUGAGGACAAGCAAAAUGACCAUGACUUGUAUGAAGAUAUAAUCUCAGAUUUCAUGAAAUUUGAACCGAGUCCCAGGAAGGUUGAUUCUAGUAAAAAAGACAUCGUUGUUACUGGAUAUAUCAAAACUAGGGAAAAUGAUGAAAGAAAAAGUCUGAAGUCGGAUUAUCUUAACGAACCGAACAUGAAGAUGAAAAAACAACAAUUGAAUGGAAGAGAAAUAGGUAGACUCGAUAGGGAAGGGUCCGAAAACAAGCUGAUAUUGGUAUCGAAGUCGGCUCACAAUCAGUCUCACGAGCGAUCCAACCUACCAAGUAAUGCAGUAAACAAUGCCGACCCCGCUGAAAAAUUAAAUUCAAGAGCAGUCAAGCAGUCAUCAAACAAGCAUGGAAGCCACGAAUUGAUUGAUGGCAAACAGGAGAAUUCGGAAUCAACAACGAGAACAAUUCUUCAGAGGUUAUCAGUUACUCCUGGUCCUGUAACAGCCACCGAAUUAUUGAGUCCAUUAGUGAGCUCAACACCAGUUAGACAUCAAGCGAAUAGAACAUUCAACCAACAACUAGGGAACACACCCGGUCUAUCCAAGCCGCUCCAUCUUCCACCAGUACCCACAAAUAAUGAACCAAUAACAUCACCUUUGGCGAUGUAUACAUCACCGAUAAGUGACUAUGACGUACGUGAUUCGGUAGAUAUCAAUUCUAUACGAUCCGGAGAGCAAGUAGCACAAGAUCGAUCUACAGAUCCUUUGGGACUUCUUUCCAAUCUACAUGUACAGGAAACGACAGGUUCACAAAAUCAACUCUUAAAAUGGGAACCAAAAUCGAUGUCGGACUUUAUUGAGAAGAUGAAGUUAUUAGAAGUUAGUUCACAAGAUGUGAAGAAUCUAGCUAGUUCAGGAUAUGAGUUACACAAUGAUGUGGAUGGGGAAUUGACUAGAUUCAUAGCGGAAAUGCCCGAGACUGAGGAAAAUAUGACAAUAAAAGAAUGGGUUGAAUAUUGUGCACAAAAUUGUUACGAGAUUGUGUUACAAUCAUGUGCGGAAUACAAUGAAUUUUUGAGAGCCGAAUAUGAGCGAGCAAUUGCUGUUCUAGAAGCCCUUCCCACGUUGGAUUAG